UAAUUUGAAUCACCAAUGUGAUUAUGUAGAACUGGCUUAGAAGAUGGGCCUCAAACCUCAACAGCCUGGCAGAUUACAAAGAGAGAAAAAUAGGCAUCUCCAGAGAGGCAGAAGAAUGGAAAGAAAUUGCUUACAGGAGUACAAAGGCAGCUAAUUAGAAUGAAACAAGAUAAUAAGAUAGGGAGAAAUUUUGGCAGAGUGUAUCAGAGAAUAGUUCCUGUCAGUGAAUCUAUUAAGUAGAGGUAGAACCUCUCAAGGGCGGGUAGAGGGAGACCAGUUGGAACACAUAAGUAGAGGAUAGAAAACAUUAGACACCAGACAAGUAUGAAGGAAAAUUCCUCUGGAACUACAUCUAGUCUGACAGUUCUUUAUAAGCUAAGCUUUAAUUAAGAGAGAAGAGUCACAGCCAUGAUUGUACUCCCUCACAGCUGCUUUUCCUUUGGUUCUUAAUGUUUUUAUUGUUGCUUUCCUAUAACAGCACCCAAGCUUUGGAAACAUGGCUAAGGUUUUGCACGAGACUGAAACCACUCCGGACAGUACCCCACCCAGAGAAGAACAGGAUGACAAUGCCAGCAUGAAGCAGUACCUGAGAAACAAAAAUCUUGUUCUGGAUUUCCUGCGCUCUGACCUGAACCCCCACCACCUCCAGUACCACUGGAACAAAGUUCAUCUUCUGAAGAAGUGUUACUUUUACUUGAAGUUUGAGCCCAGACACGUGUGCGUGAGAGACCAGAACAAUAUGAUGAUUUUUGCUGACAUCUUGCAAAUAGCAAACCCCUGCCAACUCCAGAAGAUCAAGAAGGUGGGGAAAAAACAGACUGAAAUCCAGCUGGCACUUCUAACAGAGUUGUUGGAACAGCUGGAACGAGGCCGGGAGGAGCUGAGCCGUUACGUACAGAUCUGUGACGUAGAAGAUUUCCUCUCCCAGUGGGACUUGAAUAUAAAGAGAGUGCUCAAGCUCUCCAUGUUUUUCAAUAAGCUCAUUUCCUUGGAAGAGCCAAGGAAGCUCCACGUCAAGCACAGUUUGGUGUCACAGAUACAUCUCGGAGGUGCUCUACACCCUCCCAUUACUUUUUCUCUCUACACGAAGAAGCCGCCGAUUUUUGAUCGGAUAGAGUCGUUCGCGUGCCAGACCUGGGCCCAGCUCAAGUGGUUCACUGAGAGUCAAGAGUCUCACCUGGAACGAUGGCAGCUGGAGAUCAAGCUAGUGACAGAUGACAGUCAGACAGAACCAGGAUACGGUCGGACCCAGGAAGUCAUCUCCAACCCAUGUGUAAUCAACCACCUGCUGCCUGGCAGGUUGUACGAGUUCAAAGUGAGGAGAUCCGACACGCACACACUUGUCUACUCGCAGUGGCACGACUGCAUUAUAUUGAAGACAAAAACUCACCCUGCUGAAGACACCAAGGAAGCCCCCAACCGCAGCCUGAUGAGGCGGCUCACAAGACCGACUCCCUCAGUUUAA